AUGGCUGACGAUUUCACUAAUAUGGAAGUAAGCCCGGAAGAAGCAAUUGCUGCUGCCUACUUCGACGUAGCUGACAGAAUGUUACUGCUUGGCAGAGAUUUGAUCCAAAUAGUUAAGCCACAUGCAAAUCAACGACCUUCACUUCCUGAUGUCCCAGUUGACUAUGGUCAACAUGAAAGUGAAGGAUCACUGCUAUAUGCAUCACUGAAUACGCGUCAAAGAAAAGCUGCUGAUGACAUCCUUACAGCAAUGAAUCGCAGAGACGACCGAUGCUUUUCAUCGAUGGGCCAGGAGGAACAGGGAAAACAUAUCUCUAUAAUACCAUCAACAACAUGGCCAUGGGGCAGCGGCGUCAAGUACUGUGUGUUGCUUGGACUGGAAUCGCACUCAAUCUAUUGCCGAAUGGACGAACGGUAA